AUGGCAUAUAAGGGAGCACAUUUGGCUUUUAAGUCACGUUGGCAUAAGACAGAUGAAGAACUCUGUCGGCACAGCAUGUCCUUUGUCUUGCAUAAGGCGAUCCGGAAUGACUUCUUUCAAAGUUAUCUUUAUCUGCUGGAAAAGCUUCCUCUGGUGAAACUUUAUGCUUUAACAAGUCAAGUCAUCAAUGGUGAGAUGCAGUUCUACGCCAGGGCCAAACACUUCUACCAGGAGGUGCCAGCCACAGAAGAGGGCAUGAUGGGAGACUACAUUGAACUCUCCAAUACAGACAUUGAGUCCUCCAGGGAAUUUCUCAGGAAGUUUGUUGGGGGGGUGGGAAAAGCUGACACCAACCGCGCCUUGGACUGCGGCUCUGGGAUAGGUCGGGUCAGCAAGCAUGUCCUGUUACCAAUUUUCAAGAGUGUGGAGCUGGUGGAUAUGAUGGAGAAUUUCCUGGCUGAGGUGCCAAACUACCUACAGGGCAAGGAGGACAGAGUAGAGAUGUAUUAUUGCAAAAGCCUUCAGGAAUUCACUCCAGCCCCACAAAGAUAUGAUGUCAUCUGGAUUCAGUGGGUUUCAGGAUAUCUGACAGAUAAAGAUCUCCUGAGGUUUCUCAUCCGUUGCCAGAAUGGCUUGAAGGAUAACGGUGUUAUCAUUCUUAAGGACAACGUAGCCAGAGAGGGCUGUGUCCUGGAUUGUCUGGAUAGUAGUGUGAUCCGAGACCUGAACAUCCUCCACAGCCUCAUUGAAAUGAGUGGACUCACCAUCCUACAAGAGGAGAGGCAGAAGGGAUUCCCUGAACAGUGUGUCCCCGUCUGGAUGCUGGCCAUGCAGAAAGACCCUGGCCGUUCCUGAUUUCAUCCUGUGACUGCAGAGACUAAACUGUGGGUCAGCCACAGGAUUGUGAAGGAGAAGGGGGGAAAAAAACAUCCACUAGAAUCCUACUAACCAUGUACUGCUGCUACUACAAUUCUAAGGGAUCGACUUCUGAAGGAUCAGGAAACAAUUAUAUUUGAUUCAGCUUGUCUGAGGGGACUAUGCUGCUUCUAAAAACUGCCUGCUUCAGUAUUCUCUCCACUUCAAAAAGCCUUUUGAACAGCUCAUCAUCGGAUUCUUAUUUCAUUAGAGAGUCAAUACUAUGACAAAACCCAU